AGAGAGACGAGCUGUGGAGCGUCUGCAGAGAGACACAUCUGAGCGUCUGAGAGUGUGUCUAAGUGUGUGUGUGUCUAAGUGUGUGUGUGUGUGUGUGUCUUGUGUGUGUGUGUGUGUGUGUGCGUGUGUGUGUGUGAGUCCGCAGAGAGAGACACAUGACCAUCUAAAAACAGAAUGAAGAGCUGCGCACGCUGACACCAGCUGUUCUGUGAUUGGCCGAUCGCUGACAUCCGCAACAUGGCCCACCUUUUCCUCGCCAGUAAGAUUUCCGCGCCGGACGACCUCCACCACGGCGCCAGGACCCCACGGAGCGUCGUCGUGACAACCCACGUCCCGCACGUCAACGAGGCGCAGCUGUCGGCGGCCACCGGCGGCGCCGAGACCUCGUGCUCGCGCUGCACCGUGCCGUUCGGCGUGGUCGUGCUCAUCGCUGGCGUGGUGGUGAAGGCGGUGGCGUACGCCUUCAACUCGCACGGGUCGGUCAUCUCGAUGCUGGGCCUGGCGCUGCUCGCCGCCGGGCUGCUUCUGCUCGCCGCCAGCGCCGUCUGCUGGCGUCAGCGGCGCCGCGCCCACGGGAGAGACCGGCGCCGCGAGAGCCAGACCGCCCUCAUGGCGAGCCAGGGGUACUGCCGGGCCUGACCGCCACGUAGAACACAGACGGUGAUGAAAUGGACCGCUGGUUCUGAUGCCUUCAGCAAACGUUAUUUCUGCUUUUUGGGUGUUUGUGUCACCUUUAAAGAAGGUGUUUGUCACUUUUUCACACACACACACACACACACAGACACACACACACACACAC